UAUUGGUGAGACAGGUAGUAAUAGCUUAAGCUAGUGUCACUAGACUAUCCUUAUGGAUAUGAAAAGUCGGGGUGAGGCACGGCUUUGAAUUGAAUUUAAGUGAAAGUUUGGCUUAAGUUGAGCUCGCUAGUAAGCCUUGGAAUAAGAGAGCUGGAUAGGAGAUCAUCUCUCAUAGUAUGUAUGAAAAUGCUAUUCUAGGUGUGUGUGCAGCCUAAAAUUAUCUUCUCGUGUAAAAGUUAGGUGAUUUGCUUAAUGUAAGUGCUCGAUGUGCAUUUCACACUUAGGAUUGCAUUAAUUUUAGAUAGCUAUAAAAAUUAUAUUUAUAAUCAAUAUCUAGCUCUCUGAGUGAAACGCUCACCCCUAUUCAAUUAUUUUUCAUAGAUGACAUGUGAAUGCUAUUUUGAAAUUAACCUGCUUUCUUUCUCGCAUAGAAACUUAAACCAUUAAUGUAUUAACUAUAUUUAUUUUUGUUAUAUCUAGAACUCUCCAGUGGCUAUAUUAGUUUCCCUUAUGAUGUAAACUAACUUGUUAAACUUAUUAUGUAUGUGGAAUGUUGGAGUUAGGGUGAGUUGAGCUCCUCCUUGUGAUAUUAGAUAUGAUUAUGGGUUGUGAGGGUCAGAUGAGCUACAUAAAUUGUGCAUUUUAUUAUAUUCAGUUUAUAGUGAAGAAACUGCUAGAGAAUCCAGCCGGUUGUGUUGGUCUUGAAUUCACCGCCAUUUUCUGCACAAGAAUGGCUGAGGAGGAAAGUAGACGACGUCGUUUACCAACAUGGAUGGUGGGUGCAACUGCAAGUGCAACUGUUGCCAUCGACGAUGAAGAUAAAAACAAGACGAUUAUCGGAGAGCCUGAAGAAGAAAACCCAAAUUUGCCUAGAAAUUUAUUUGCUCCUCGAACUCGAACCAAGACAAGCAAAAGACGAAAAGCGAAAAAUGCUACCUUUGAAAAUCGUGAGAAAAUCCACACCCAUGACGGUGAUGAUGAAGAUGACGGCGAAGGCUUGACGGUUGAAGAUCUAGUAAGCAUUGCUCAGGAGUACAUGGAGGUCAAUCAGAAUUCAGAGCCGAAACAGCCAUUAAAUAGAAAAUGUGAACCACAAAGACAACAUCCAACAAUAACAUCUUUGAGCAAUGAUUUGGAAGGGUCUUUCAUUGCUCCUUGUAAUGAGCAGCGAUUACCCAGCAGUGAAACCACUACUUCUUGUUCUUCAACUGUGAGUUUGACAAGUGAGCAAAGCUUCAUCAAUGUCAACCAUACAAGGGAUCCUACUCAGGACAUGCUUCAUUUGUUCUUGGGCCCCUUGCUCAAGAAACCGCUGCUCCAGGAUAAAAAGAGAAGUGGGUUUUUCUCAGAAGAUGUGGAUUUAGCCUUUGAGUUGAGAAAGCAAAGUCAGAAUGAUAUUAGAGAAGAAAUAGUUCCCCUGACAAAGAAGAAGAGCAGUCUCAAAGAGAAGGUAUCCUUGUUACUCGACUGAAAUAUGAUCUCCAAAAUUCUUAUUUGAGAUCCAGUUUUUAGAAUGAAGCAAAAAUCUAGGCAUUUUGGUGAUCCUCUUCAACAAAUGUUGUCAUCAACCACAUAUCUUUUUGAUACUUCUAUCUCAUCACAUCUUCACCAUAGAUGAUAAUUCUACAGGUGCUUAUUCUGCUCCAGCAUCUUGGUUUUGUCAAUAUAUUCAUGGACAUAACUUAGGAGUGCUCUUAACAGAUUUCAUGUACAGAAUAUGGGCCAAUAAAAUGGUACAUUUCUAUUCAUAAUUUUUUUAUUUGGUAAAGAACUUCAAUGGAAUGGAUAUUUGGUA